UCGUCCACACAGUGGACUGCAGGCAGUGGGUGUUGCAAGAGGAGGCGAGAAGGAGAGCUUCACAGAGAAAGAGAGAGAGCAGGACAAGCAGUGUGAGCCAGAGUCAGUGUUACAGAGAAGAUAGACAUUGAACACUAGGAAAUACAUACACGGACAUAGAGUGGGCCGCCUGCUUGUGUGUGUAUGCCUGUGUGUGUGCAUGUGUGUGCGUGACAGAGAGAACUUGGUGUGUUUCCACGGGUCUCCUGAGGCCGUGGCAACCAUGGCGUCAGAGGCAAACACCCAGUCCAGAGUGAUGUUCCAAUCCACGGGCAAAGUCGACGAGCCAGGGCACCGCAAGCUUGGCAAGCUGACCGUCAAGUACAACCGCAAGGACCUGCAGAGGAGGCUGGAUAUUGAGGAGUGGAUAGAUGAACAGCUGCACCUGCUCUUUGACUGUGAGGAAGAAGAUAUUCCAGAGUUGGAGAUUGACAUAGAUGAGCUCCUGGAGCUGUCAGAUGAGGGACAAAGAAAGCGAGUACAGGAGUUGUUGCAAGAAUGCAGGAAGCCAAUUGAGGAUUUUGUCAACGGGCUGCUCUACAGGAUAAAGGGACUACGCAAAAUGUCAGGACCCUUGAAGAAAUAGCUCCAGGUCAAAUAAAGAAUUGAGGCAAUGGUUUCUCCAAUCCCCCUUUUGUUUUUACCGUUUGGAUGCUUGUAUGUGCGCUUCACAUGCUCUUUCCCAGGUCAGUUUGACACCAAAGUAGUCAGUGAAGUUCUUUUGAAUUUGUGGACUGUUAUGACAUGUGUCCCACAAACAUAAUGCACAUGUAAUAGCUGUAAUAUUUUUUCCUCAUGUGUGAAAUUGUAAAUUUUUGUUUUGCUUGUUAAUGUACAUAUUUUCAUUUAU